GAUCCAGAACAAGACCUGGACUGCAGACAGUCAGUCAGACCAGCACUGUACAAAUGAGUGCUGGUCUGCAGGAGGUUUUAGAUAAAUAUAAGUUCAUUCAGAAAAUGAGAUGUGAACAUGUGACUGAAGGAAGUGAUGAAACAGGAAGUGGAACCCUCCUCAACAGGAUCUACACUGAGCUCUACAUCACAGAGGGACAGAGUGAAGAGGUUAACACCCAACAUGAGGUGAGGCAGCUUGAGACAGCUUCCAAGAUGGAGACCCUCCAUGACACUCCCAUCAAGUGCCACGACAUCUUUAAAGCCUUACCUGACCAACAGAGACACAUCAGAGUCGUUCUGACCAACGGCGUCGCUGGCGUUGGAAAAACCUUCUCAGUGCUGAAGUUCACUCUGGACUGGGCAGAGGGCUCGGAGAACCAAGAUGUCAGUCUGGUGGUUCUGCUCUCGUUCAGGGAGCUGAACCUGAUCAAAGAUGAGCAGUUCAGUCUUCUCAAGCUGCUCCAUGUUUUCCAUCCAACAUUACAGAAGGUCACAGCAGAGAAGCUCGCUGUCUGUAAACUUCUGUUCAUCUUUGACGGCCUGGAUGAAAGCAGACUUUCACUGGAUUUCAACAACAAAGAGCUCGUGUCUGAUGUCACACAGGAGUCAUCAGUCAGCGUGCUGUUGACAAGCCUCAUCAAGGGGAAUCUGCUUCCCUCGGCUCUCAUCUGGAUAACUUCCAGACCUGCAGCAGCCAAUCAGAUCCCUCCUUCAUGUGUUGACAGGGUAACAGAAGUACGAGGCUUCACUGACGCUCAGAAGGAGGAGUACUUCAGGAGGAGAGUCAGUGAUGAAGAUCUGUCCAGCAGAAUCAUCUCACACAUCAAGACCUCCAGGAGCCUCCACAUCAUGUGUCUGAUCCCAGUCUUCUGCUGGAUCACUGCUACAGUUCUGGACCACAUGUUGACCACAGACCAGAGAGGAGAGCUGCCCAAGACCCUGACUGACCUGUACUCACACUUCCUGCUGGUUCAGACAAAGAGGAAGAAGAAGAAGUACGAUGAAGGACAUGAGACGAGUCCACAGGAGCUGACGGAGGCUGACAGGGAAGUUCUUCUGAAGCUGGGGAGGCUGGCGUUUGAACAGCUGGAGAAAGGAAACAUCAUGUUCUACCAAGAAGACCUGGAGCAGUGUGGUCUGGAUGUCACAGAGGCCUCGGUGUACUCAGGAGUUUGUACAAAGAUCUUCAAAAGAGAGAGUGUGAUCUUCCAGAAAACAGUCUACUGCUUUGUUCAUCUGAGCGUUCAGGAGUUUCUGGCUGCAGUCUACCUGUUCCACUGUUACACCAACAAGAAGACAGAGGUACUGAAGGACUUCCUGAAAGAGAAGAAGGAGGAGGAGGAGAAUUACUCCACCCUGGAUGUCUUCCUGAAGAAGGCCAUGGAGAAAUCCCUUCAAAGUAAAAAUGGUCACCUGGACCUGUUUGUUCGCUUCCUUCAUGGCCUCUCUCUGGAGUCCAACCAGAGACUCUUAGGAGGCCUGCUGGGUCAAACAGACAACAUUCCAGAAAUCAUCCAGAGGGCCAUCAACAACCUGAAGGAGAUGAACAGUGAUGAUAUCUCUCCUGACAGAAGCAUCAACAUCUUCCAGAACAGUGAUGAUAUCUCUCCUGACAGAAGCAUCAACAUCUUCCACUGUCUGAUGGAGAUGAACGAUCACUCACUUCAUCAGGAGAUCCAAGAGUUCCUGAAGUCAGAGAACAGAUCAGAGAAGAAACUCUCUGAGAUCCACUGCUCAGCUCUGGCCUACAUGCUGCAGAUGUCAGAUGAGGUUCUGGAUGAGUUUGACCUGAAGAAGUACAACACAUCAAACCAGGGACGACUGAGACUGAUUCCAGUUGUGAGGAACUGCAGAAAGGCUGCGUAAGUCCAGGUGUGAUUU